GGGGCGGGGCGGGGGAAGAUGGCGGAGCUGGGGAAGAAGUACUGCGUGUACUGCCUGGCCGAGGUGAGCUCCCUGCGCUUCCGCUGCACCGAGUGCGCCGACAUCGAGCUGUGCCCGGACUGCUUCUCGGCCGGCGCCGAGAUCGGGCCGCACCGCCGAUGGCACGGCUACCAGCUGGUGGACGGCGGCCGCUUCACGCUGUGGGGCGCCGAGGCCGAGGGCGGCUGGAGCAGCCGGGAGGAGCAGCUGUUGCUCGACGCCAUCGAGCAGUUCGGCUUCGGCAACUGGGAGGAUAUGGCUGCUCAUGUUGGAGCAUCCCGAACUCCCCAGGAAGUGAUGGAACACUAUGUAAGCAUGUAUAUCCAUGGUAACCUUGGAAAAGCCUGCAUCCCUGACACCAUCCCCAACAGAGUUACAGAUCACACCUGCCCCAGCGGUGGCCCACUUUCUCCUAGCUUGACCACCCCUCUCCCACCUUUGGACAUAUCAGUGGCAGAGCAGCAGCAGCUGGGGUACAUGCCACUUCGGGAUGACUAUGAGAUUGAGUACGACCAAGAUGCUGAGACUCUGAUCAGUGGCCUUUCAGUGAACUAUGAUGAUGAUGAUGUGGAAAUAGAAUUAAAAAGAGCUCAUGUGGAUAUGUACGUAAGAAAACUUAAGGAGAGACAACGGCGAAAAAAUAUUGCACGAGAUUAUAACUUGGUUCCUGCCUUUCUGGGGAAGGAUAAAAAGGACAAGGAAAAGGCUCCAAAACGCAAGAUCACAAAAGAAGAAAAGGAGUUGAGGCUAAAACUGAGGCCCCUGUAUCAGUUCAUGUCCUGUAAGGAGUUUGAAGACUUCUUUGAGAACAUGCACAAGGAGAGGAUACUUCGAGCAAAGAUUAGAGAGCUGCAGCGCUACCGUCGAAAUGGGAUCACCAAAAUGGAGGAGUCAGCAGAGUAUGAGGCAGCUAGACACAAACGGGAGAAAAGGAAGGAGAAUAAAAACAUUGCCAGUUCCAAGAGAGGAAAGGAAGAUGGCAAAGAUGGUGAAUUUGCUGCAAUUGAAAACCUGCCGGACUUUGAACUCUUGUCAGACAGAGAGAAGGUGCUCUGCAGCUCUCUGAAUCUGAGUCCGGCACGUUACGUGACUGUGAAAACUAUAAUAAUUAAAGACCAUCUUCAAAAAAGACAAGGAAUUCCUUCAAAAAGUCGCCUUCCCAGUAACCUAGAUAAGGUACUAAAGAAAAGGAUUUUAAAUUUUCUAACAGAAAGUGGUUGGAUAUCCAGGGACGCCUCAUAAAACCUGUCUGAAAUGAACGCCCCCCCCAUCCCCACGAACAAAAGGCUCACCGCGGGCUACAGGACUCCAUUACUUUCUCUCGCUUUCCCCAAGAUUGGAUUUCUCCUGUAAAACAUGAGUAUUUACAGCUCUCAGUCUAGAGGGACUCUUUGCAAUGGAUCAUGGAAAAUACUAACCUGUAACUCCUUGUGUGAUCUUAAAGUCAGUACUUUAAGAAGAAAGAUUUGCCCUUUAAAUAUGGACAGUAGAUGAGUACAUCAGAUCUAAUAGGUUUUGGUGCACUGUUGAAAUGGAUCUUUUCGCAUGGGUUUAGACCAAGCGUGGUGUAGCUGUUUACUCCUUAUUGUUGGCCAAAAGGAUUGUUGGUGCAGCACCUGCUCUUCUUGGGGUGGGAGGGGGGACAUCCCACUUGGUGGGAGCCUGUCUUCUUGUGUUGCACUCUCCUCAGAGUACUGGCAGCAAAGUGACACUUGCAAAAAUUUUCUGCUCUGAAGCACAGAAUACUUAAAGCUUGGAGUUUUGUGAAUGUUGCUUUGCUUCCAGCAUCUUUUUCCUCAUUAACCAGGGUCUAUAUUGUAGCAAAGUGGUGUCAGGAUGUGAAGAAAAAGCAGGGAAGUUAGAUGACCCAAGAACGGGGAUUGGGUAAGUACAAAUGUGGUAGAUAAGUUGCCUCUGGUCACUUGUUUUGUUGAUGAACAGCCUUCAUGUUCCUCAGCAGACUAACUCCAGGGUUUCUCUUGGCAUUGACUGUCAGCCACUGCAGUAGUAAAGUUGCAGGGUUACAAAGCAGCUAUGCUAUCUGCUGUUCUGCAGAUGGAAACCUCGGGAUUUGAACUACUUGAGUGGAUAUGGCUGUCCAGAAAGAGGCAUUAGCAAGGAGAGUGGAGUGCACUGCUUCAGGAUCUUGUUGGCACCUGAUCUCAAUGAAACUACUGUGAGCCUUGGGCAGGAGUUAAAUACGUGCUUUGCUGUCCAGGCAACUGCAUGCAUGGAAACAGUCCACUUUUACCUAUCUACCCUGCCUUCUCUUUGGAUCCUAACUGGUCCAGAGAGAUAUUUUUCAAACUGAGUCUUUUUCAUGUAAUUCUGUUGCAGACCAUUGUGAUCAUAAACUGUGGAAUUAUUUCAUAGUGUGCAGCUAAAGCCGUCUCAAAACAUGAAACUGUGACUGAGCUAUUAGAGGCUUUACAAUUGCUUUUGAACAGACUUAGCUUAAAAUUCUCUGAAGAUCUUCACUGUAGUUGGUAGCAGUAUUCUGUAUCUGAGCCACUUUAAUGCAAUGUCACUGAAUGUGACUCUACCAGCUUAAUAGCCUUGGGUUCUGUUGAUGGCUUUUUUGGUUUUGUUAAGGGCUACAAAUUGAGCAAGGUGUUUGUAACUAGCCCAGUUUUUCUCCCUAACAAGUAGGUUGCGCAUACUCAGUCAACAAAAGGUUAUUCCCAUUGGGCAAGUUCCAAGAGAGAUCAGCAGCAGGAUUUAUACUCUUAAACUUGUAUGUUGGAGUUGCUUGAGUUGAUAUCCCUGCAAAGUUCAGGGAAAUCCAUGUGCUGGUCAUGGGCUUGUCAUCUCUUUUACAGCUCUUUGUGUCUUUAUUUCCUGGGUGGCCCUGAACAGUCGGCCGAUUUGAUGCCUUUGGAAGGCAGGUGGUCUGAGAAGUGGUGUUUCAUUGCGCACACAGGCUUUCUAAUCAGUCAAAAUAUCUUGUGGCAUUUCAUGCAGAGGUGGAUGAAGUAACCAUCAGACUUAAUGCAGCACAGGUGUAAUUCUGAGCAUUGUUAGUUGUCAGGGUACAGUAUUACCAAUACAGCGUUACCUGGGUUUGAAUAUGGAAAGGGUACAAGUAUAAAGUCAGCAUUUCAAGAAAAAUAAUGGUGCCUUUGUCUUUUCAGCUUGUGAUAGGACAUUCUUGCAGAAAAGCAAAGGCCACAUCCUCAGCUGUGGAAGGCUUUGUUUGGCUCAACUGUAAAAUGGCCUGUAAAAUAUUUAGGACAAAAUCUUCUUUCUCACUCUUCCAGCAGCAGUUUGAUUGACUGCAACUUGCUUAGCAGCUUUAAGAAAAGCCUCCAUCCCCAGGGCAAAGAAUACGUGAGAAGAUUAGUACUAGAAACCAUACCAAGUUCCUAUGCCCUAUUCCUAGGGAAAAGGGAGGACAUUUCAAGCACUCUCUAUCCUGAAACACAGCACUGGAGUUACAUGGUUAGUUCUUUCCCCCAGCCUGUUACCUGGGUGCCAAACCACCAAUCUUGCAUUAAGUAUUCUGAACUCUCAGUAUAAGUCCUUGAGUACUUCAUGUAAGUUUUUAAAUCUAUAUAAUUUUUAUACUUCCAAGGUGCUCUGGCACUGGUAGUGGGUUUAAGUGAAGCAAUACUCUAAAGCCCAUCUGAUGGAUAACUUAAAGGAAUCAGACUUCUAGGCACUGCUGCGAGUCAUUUAAACAUUGUAUAAAUCGACUCUUCUGCAUUAACACUUUGUAGUUUUUUAAUUCCUCAGCCCUUCCAAAAGACGUUUUCUUUGGUGCUAGACAUAACUUAUUGAACAUCAGAAUGAAUGUAAAAUAAAGUAUUUUUAAUGUAUGAAAUGAUGGAUAUCAAUAUUUAUUUUAACCUUGCAAGCAAAUUUAAGGAGCAAGAGCAUUUGCUUCAGUGAAUCAUCUAAAAAGGGCUUCCUUAGAAGCAGUGUCUCAAUGUCAGCUCUCCUUUGACUUGCACUAAGAGGAAAUAGUUCUGUGUGCUCUCAUGGAACUGGUCAGUUAUUCCAAGUGUUCUUUGUAUGACUGAGCUCCUCUCACUUUUUUAACAUUGAGGCACAAUUACCCUAAUCUCAGCAACUGAUUGAAACUAUGCUGCUUCUCCUGCUUGCAGGGGAAAUGAAAAUAAUAUGGCAAAAAGAGUUCCUACCCUGUAUUUAUCUGUACUACUUCUCAUGUGCUAUAUUAACAUCUUGAUGUACAUGUUACUAACUUUGUGAUGAAAGCAACUGUUUUUACACACUUUAAGCGUACUUGAUUUGCCCACUGGAGACCCCCUUAUUGGGUUCAAGUGAGCCUAGAAGGUGGUGCAGCCUGACCUGGUGUCGCAAGCAGAGGUGGUGAUGCCUACUUGAAACAUGCUCCUCUGAUCAAUCCAGUCCCAAUGAAGCCUUACAAAAAAUAGCAGCUUGUGCAAUAACAAGGGUGCAUUCAUCUUCCUUCUGCAAGUGUGUACUAAUUGAUUUUUUUUUUUUUUUUUUUUUAACCCUUCUUGCUGCUGGAGGGCUUGUAACUGUAGUGUGCUGGAAUAAAAAAAACCUUUGCCACUUCUGUUGAUGUCCUAGCAAGGUGCUGGAACAGUCAUAGUGGGCCUGCAUGAAUCACUGCCCAUAAACUGCCUUGUGAAUCAAUACAAGCUAAGCACUCUGCCAUUAUCCUUUUGUGUGGCUGCUGCAGCAAAUUUCUUUGUACUUGUAACUGGCUUUACUUAACCUUUUGGUUUACUGAAGUUCUUACAAGAUGCUUUUUGCAUGUGUCCCAGCUGCUCUUAAGCUAUAACAAUUUUAAAAUACUGUGAAGGAAGAUGCCUGGUGAGCAUACUUAGUUCAUCAGAUUUCCCUUAAUUAAAAAAGGGAACAUCAGCCUCCUUUUAAAUUAUAUACUGGUGCAACUGCCCCACAUGCACCACUGCCUAUGCUGCAAUCAUGUAGAAACUUAUGAAUGGUCAUGGUGUGUACACACACACACACACACACAGCAUUUUAACAAACAUUUUCCCAUUGUAUACAGCUGAUCUUUUACAUUUAAUAAAGUUUCUUUCAAUUAUUGA